AUGAAAUACUUUUACUUCCUUGCUGUUCUGACUCUUCUCCUGUUCAUGGGUCCAGAUGACUCUGUACAUUUACUGACCUCCGGCAGUUUGGAGGACACAUCACACAAAAGCAUUGGGACAUGUUACACCUGGGGGAAAGGAGCAUUCCGGACUUUUCAAAAUGAUUUUUUCUACUUCACAUCAAAGUGCAACUUUGUUCUGAGUCGUCAGUGCAAGGGCCCUGGAGAGGACUUUAACAUUCAGAUUCGCAGAGGCUCUAAUGGCAAUCUGGAAGAUGUACACAUGAAAAUUGAAGGUGUUUCUGUUAUUAUAAAAAAUAAAACAAUUACAGUGAAAGACAUGAUAAUACAAUUGCCCUAUGAUGACAAAAUCAUCAUUGUGCAGAAACAUGGAGUUUACACCCGCUUUUCAAACAGAAAGCAUACAAUUGCUCUGAUCUGGAAUCAGCGUGAUUCAUUGUCGGUAAUCCUGGAUACCAAGUAUAAAAACAAAACAUGUGGCCUAUGUGGAAAUUUUCAAGAACAAAUGGGAAUCUAUUCUGAUUCUACUGAUGCCUUAUAUAACACUAUCAAUGCCAAUCAGCUGGAUGUUCUAGGCCAAGUCUGUGUUAGUGAUGAGCCAACACCUUCAACAUGCUCAGCAGCUAAGAGUUGCAUACCUCCCAUAUCAAUGUACUUUUCCACGUGUCUUGAGAAGAUUUCCUUAACUCAAGGAUACCUAGAAUUAUGUGGAAAGGAUGUUUGUGCUCGUGGAAAUAAGCAAGAGUAUGCAUGUGACACUUUCGAAGAGCUAUCCAGGCAAUGUACAAAUCAACCUGUAACAAGUGAUCAUGAUAUCACCUUGCAGAAAAUUUGGCAACAAUGGAGAUCAAAGGUUGCAUGUGUAAGCCCUGGUUGUCCUGGAAACCAACUCUACAAGGAAUGUGGUGCUCUGUGUGUACCCUCUUGCUCCGACCCAGAAACGCAGCAACAAUGUGACACAUGUGUGAAUACUUGCGAAUGCCCUGAAGGCACUGUCCUCGAUGACAUAAGAGGAGAGGGUCGGUGCAUCAGCAAAAAUACUUGUCCUUGUGAAUAUGGUGGAAAGAUCUAUGAACCUGGAGAAAUAAGAAACACUUCUUGUCAUACAUGUUUUUGUCAUAGUGGAAUGUGGAACUGUUCAGACAUCAGCUGCCCUGGAAGAUGCAAAAUUGAAGAAGGAUCUCACAUAACAACAUUUGACAAUAAAUAUUACACAAUGAAAGGAGAUUGCUCUUACUAUGCUGUUGUUUUUUACGCAGAGACAAAUGCAUGGAAUGUAGUGAUUGAAGUGAGGCCAUGUCAAACUGCACUUAAAGAGGCGUGUUUACACCGUGUGGUACUCUCCAACCAGCAGAGCCGUUAUACUUUUACUAGUGAUGGUAGUGUUUAUUCUGAUGGGAACAAAGUUGGUCUUCCCCUUAGAACAGCUGAUAUAAUAAUAUUUCAACAGUCUUCCAUGUUCCUUCAAGUGGCAACUGCAUUUGGACUGAAAAUGCAAGUGCAGACAUCUCUCAUCAUGCAGCUUUACAUCUCACUGCCUGAAGUUUUACAAGGUCGCACAAGAGGUCUAUGUGGCACCUUUAAUGACAAUGCAAAUGACGACUUCUUAUCUGCAUAUAACAUUGUGGAAGAUGCCCCUCUUACUUUUGCUAAUUCUUGGGCCACUGAAAACAACUGCCCUCUGUCGAGCCCACCUGAGCCAUGCAUUAGUUCAGAAAACGAAAACUAUGCCAAACAGCACUGUUCCCUUCUCAAAAGUCCAGCAGGUGCUUUCUCAGUAUGUCACUCCACAGUGGAUUACAUGAAUUACUACCAGAUGUGCGUGGCUACUACCUGUGCCUGUGAGAAUAUCAACGACUGCCUGUGUGCAGCAUUGGGAGCCUAUGCCCAUGAAUGUGCUGCAAAUGGUGUCAUUGUGAGAAACUGGAGAAGAGACAUUUGCAAUAUAUCAUGCAGUAACUCUCAGGUCUACCAGGAUGACAUGAGAGCUUGUAACCGGACCUGCAGGUCACUAUCAGAGAAUGAUUAUACCUGCAAAAUUAAAGAUGUUCCAGUUUUUGGAUGUGGUUGUUCUGAAAAGAAGUAUUUGGAUGAACAUGGAUUCUGUGUGGACCAGUCGAACUGCUUGUGCUAUUAUGAAGGACGGCUUAUAGAAAGGGGUCAGAGUGUUAGGAAGAAUGGGAUCCUCUGCAUUUGCCAAAAUGGACGUCUUCAUUGCUUGAAGAUGCCUGACCCAGAACCUCCAGGAUGCCAGGGUGGCAAAGUAAUGUUUGACUGUACAAAUGGAACAGCUCCUUCAUCUGAAAGCUUGUGUAAAAAGACAUGUCGAACUCUAAGCAUUCCAUGCAAGAGUUCAUGUGUCCCUGAGUGUGCCUGCCCCCAUGGUCUUGUAGAGGAUGACAAUGAAAACUGCAUUCCACCUGAAAAUUGCCCUUGUUUUUAUCAUGGUGAACCUUAUACUACCGGAAAAAUUAUUCAAAAGGACUGCAAUAAAUGCACAUGCCAGGGAGGCUUGUGGAGCUGUACCAAUAAAAUAUGCCCAAAGACUUGCGAAGUUUAUGGUGAUGGCCACUAUAUAACCUUCGAUGGGAAAAGAUAUGUCUACGAUGGAAAUUGUGAAUAUAUUUUUGUUGAGGACCAAUGUAAUCGUCAAGAAGGCACUCUCCAAAUUCUCACAGAGACUAUUCCCUGCUGUGAAAGAGGAAUGACAUGCUCGAGAAACAUCAGAAUCUUACUUGAGGGUAAGGAAAUUAUUCUAACUGAUAACCGAGUGGCGACAACUGAGAAAUUUAUGAAUCAAACCCAGUGCACAGCGAAUUCUUAUUCACUUCAUACUGUUGGACUCUAUUUGAUCCUUGCCUUUUCUAAUGGGAUCACAGUGAUAUGGGAUAAAAGCACAAGACUUUCAAUCACACUGGACUCGAGAUGGAAAAAUAGAGUGUGUGGUCUAUGUGGGAACUUCAACGAUGAUGUCUCAGAUGAUAUGACAACAAAGGGGAAUUCCUUGGUGUCUAACGCGGUGGUUUUUGGAAACAGUUGGAAGUCCAUGACAUGCUCAGAUACAGUCAUUCAAACAUCGCCAUGUGAGAGAAAUCCAUAUUGUUUAGCAUGGUCAUUAAGGAAGUGUGACAUAAUUAAAUACGACAUGUUUCAAUCAUGCCACAGCAAGGUUGACCCAGCUCCAUAUUACGAAGCUUGUGUUGAGGAGGCUUGUGCUUGUGAUUUGGAAGGAAAAUACCUGGGAUUCUGUACUGCUGUCGCAGUAUAUGCAGAGGCUUGUAAUAAGGCGGGUGUGUGUGUUGACUGGAGAACGCCUGAUCGAUGCCCUGUGUACUGCGACUAUUAUAACACUCCUGGUGAAUGCAGCUGGCACUAUAGACCAUGUGGAAAUUUAACGGCAAGAACGUGCUCCGACCAUGAAAUUAGAAAGAAGUUUUCAGCAGUUCUUGAAGGGUGUUAUGCACAAUGCCCUGAGGCUCGUCCUUACCUGGAUGAAAACAAAAUGAAGUGUGUGAAGUUGUCUGAUUGUACUUGUUAUUAUAAUGGGGAAAUAUUGGAACCUGGUGAAGAAAGAAAUGACUGCAGAAAUUGUUCCAGUACCUGCAUUGAAGGAAAGAUGAUCUGUACAGACAUUCCUACUACAACAACGGAAGUGUCAACAGCCACAAGUCCUCCUACCACAACAACCAAGUCGUCAACAGUCACAAGUCUUCCCACAACAACUGAAGAGUCAACAGCCACAAGUCUUCCCACACCAACUGAAGUGUCAACAGGCACAAGUCCUCCUACCACAACAACCAAGACAUCAACAGCCACAAGUCCUCCUACCACAACAACCAAGACGUCAACAGCCACAAGUCCUCCUACCACAACAACCAAGACGUGUCAACAGCCACAAGUCCUCCUACCACAACAACCAAGACAUCAACAGCCACAAGUCCUCCUACCACAACAACCAAGACGUCAACAGCCACAAGUCCUCCUACCACAACAACCAAGACGUCAACAGCCAUGA